AUGGUGCAGCCCGGCCCCAUCCCGGGGGAGCGGAGGCGGCGCGCGGGGCCAGCGCCCGGGGAGCGGCGGCGACGGCGGCGGGAGCAGCAGCAGCAGCGGCAGUGGCGGCAGCACGAGCAGCAAGAGCAGGAGGCUCGGGCUCUGGUUCCAGUGGGCUGCAGAAUCUCUCACUCCUGUGCCCACUGCUCCGGGGCCGGAAUAACCUGCCCUGUGGCCGCCGUCGGGGGCCCCCGGGCCGGGAUCAUGGCCGAGAAGCUACGAGGAGCGCAUCAGGUGGACAUCGACCCGGACUUCGAGCCGCAGAGCCGGCCGCGCUCUUGCACCUGGCCGCUACCGCAACCCGACUUUGCAGGCGGCGGGGACGAAGAGGAUGGAGCGGCCGGGCCCGGUGGUGGCGGCGGUGGCAGCGAGAGCACCGAGAACGGAGGGGCUGGGGCGGGCGCUGGGGAGCGCAAGGCGGUGGUGGUGGCUGGGGCCCCGGCUCCCGGGACCGCGGCUCUACCGGUGCUGGGUGGGGACGCUGGACAGCUCCGGAAGGCUAAGACCUCUCGGCGGAACGCCUGGGGCAACCUGUCCUAUGCUGACCUCAUCACCAAAGCCAUUGAGAGCGCCCCGGACAAGCGGCUCACGCUCUCCCAGAUCUAUGACUGGAUGGUUCGAUACGUGCCCUAUUUCAAGGAUAAGGGUGAUAGUAACAGCUCAGCUGGCUGGAAGAAUUCCAUUCGGCACAACCUGUCUCUGCAUACUCGUUUUAUCCGAGUGCAGAAUGAGGGCACAGGCAAGAGUUCUUGGUGGAUGCUGAACCCCGAAGGAGGCAAGACGGGCAAGACGCCCCGGCGCCGUGCUGUAUCUAUGGACAAUGCCAGCAAGUUUCUGCGCAUCAAGGGUAAGGCCAGCAAGAAGAAGCAGAUUCAGGCAGUCGGGCCCGAGCGGGGGCCCCACAGCCCACCAGGAGCGCCCCCACCUGCUGCCAAGUGGUCCUCCAGUCCCGUCUCCCAUGGCCCUGGCCCUGGCCCUGGCCCUGGCCCAGCCAGUAGUGAUGACUUCGAAGCCUGGGCUGACUUCCGGGGUCGACCCCCACCCCCACCGCCACCAGGGUUGGGCUCCCGCAUCUCCCCGCUGCUGGCGGGCGGGGGGCAACCAGAUGAGCUGGAGGAUGAGGAAGCAGCCCCUUCCUCCCCACUCAUGUACCCCAGUCCCUCGAGUGCCCUGUCACCAGCUCUGGGUGCCCGCUGCUCUGUGGAGCUGCCCCGCCUCACUGACCUGGCUGGGCCUCUCAGCUUACAUGAGCCAGGCCUGGCCGACAGCCUCCUGGAUGACCUCCGGGACAGCUAUGGUUUGAGCCCACCACCCCCACCGCCACCCGGCUUACGGGCCCGUGUCCCCCCAGCCCAUGGCUAUGCCUUCAGUGCCAAGUGUGGGGGUGCAGCCGGUGGCAGCAGUGGCUUGGGGGGCUCCUACUGCGGGACUAUCUACAGCCAGCCUGCCUUGGGUCCACUGCGCCGCCUGCCCAUGCAGACAAUCCAAGAGAACAAGCAGGCGGCCUUCGCCCCCUUCCGGCCUGGUCCCUUGCAGGGCCUGCUGGCCUCACCAGCUGGGCCACCCCCACUCCCCCCAGCCAGGCCCCACAGAUCUGGCUCCCUCCUAGGUGGGGGCCCUGGGGAUCUGGGACUCUCGGCAGCGGCAGUGUAUCCAGCCCAUGGCCACCCCCCACCCAGCCACAGUGCCUUAGCUCACCCCAUCAGCCUUAUGACGCUGCCUGGCGAUGCGUGCGGUCUCGGAGGACUGGCCCACCCAGGCCAUCCAGCCCCAUAUGGGAGUGGAGGUGGGCCAGCGGGGCCCACUGGCCUGCUGGAGGCAGCGCUUCAGGGCCCUUAUACAGCAGGCACUGGGGGCCACGUGCCGCUGGCCGGCCAGGACCGCUUCCCCGCUGACCUCGACCUGGACAUGUUCAGCGGCAGCCUAGAGUGUGAUGUCGAGUCUAUCAUUCUCAAUGACUUCAUGGACAGCGACGAGAUGGACUUCAACUUUGACUCGGCUCUGCCCCCACCCCCCAGCAGCUUGGCUGUGGCCGCCCUGCCCAGCGGGCCCCCACCUCCCAACCAGAGCUGGGUACCUGGCUGA